AAUACAUAGCAGUAAAGGCAGACUUCUCACAAACGUCUGCAGCCUGCCAUUAGAUCCACAGCCCGUUUGCCCUUUUUCAUCCGCGCUGCAGCGACCCAACUCCGAUGUGUUCCGUUAUUAACGACCAGAAGCUGACAUUUCCGCACCUGCCACGGUAGUGAUCGGUGGAUAGUCAGGGAGACAAGGCAUCGGAAGCCGGGGGGUGUGAGGGCGAGGGAGCCAUAGAUUCACAGCCGCUGUUAAUUAAUUAGGUAUCGAUGGACGAAAUGCCACCGUUAACGCGCUUUGUGCUCAUUUUCUUUAUCUUCGUAUCUGUUAUUUCCUCUGGGUUGGCUUGUGGACCGGGCAGGGGCUACGGAAGGAGAAGGCACCCAAAGAAGCUGACACCUUUAGCGUACAAGCAGUUCAUUCCCAACGUUGCCGAGAAGACCCUUGGGGCCAGUGGCCGAUAUGAAGGCAAGAUAACGAGAAACUCUGAGAGAUUUAAGGAGCUGACUCCCAAUUACAAUCCUGACAUUAUUUUUAAGGACGAAGAAAACACUGGCGCUGACAGGCUGAUGACACAGAGAUGCAAAGAUAAGCUGAACUCUCUGGCCAUUUCAGUUAUGAAUCAGUGGCCUGGAGUGAAACUCCGGGUGACGGAAGGCUGGGACGAAGACGGACACCAUUUCGAAGAGUCUUUGCACUACGAAGGACGGGCGGUGGACAUCACGACCUCCGACCGCGACAAAAGCAAAUACGGCACGCUGUCCCGGCUCGCCGUGGAGGCUGGGUUCGAUUGGGUCUAUUAUGAAUCUAAAGCCCACAUUCACUGCUCUGUAAAAGCAGAAAAUUCGGUUGCAGCAAAAUCCGGAGGCUGUUUCCCGGGCUCUGCAUCCGUAUCUCUCCAAGAUGGAAGGAAGAAGCUGCUGAAAGACCUUCGAGUCGGCGACAAGGUGCUGGCCGCUGACGGCGAGGGGAAGCUCUUGUAUACCGACUUCAUCAUGUUCAUGGACCAAGACGUCGCAACCAGAAGAACGUUUUACGUGAUAGAAACCAAGGAGCCGCGCAGAAAGCUACGCCUCACUGCCGCCCAUCUCAUCUUCAUCACGGAGAACUCUACCCAUCCUCACGAGGCGAUGGUGGCGACUUUUGCCAGUGAAGUCAAGCCCGGCCAGGAGGUGUUCGUGAUGGAUGAAACGAACCGCCAGCUGAGAGCUGUCACCGUUCAGAGGAUUUACCUUGAGGAGCACCAAGGCUCAUUUGCUCCGGUAACCGCUGAAGGAACCCUGGUGGUGGAUCAGGUGUUGGCGUCGUGCUAUGCCGUGAUAGAAGACCAUCAGCUGGCGCACUGGGCCUUCGCACCGGUUCGCUUUAUUCACCGAUUGUCCUCCUUAUUGUACCCAGAAAACCAUUCAGACUCAAGCAGCUCCUCGUCGGAUGACGGUGUCCACUGGUACCCCAUGAUCCUGUAUCAAAUAGGAAACUGGGUCCUGGAUAGCCGCUUACUUCACCCCCUUGGCAUGUUAGUAAACUCAAGCUGAAACGUCUAACCGCAAAGUAAGAUGUGACUAAUGUAGGAUAAACGAAAAUAGCCGUAAGGAGACAAGAAUCCCCGGAGGACUUGGAGUAUUUAUUUAAUUGACAUUUACAUGUGUCCUUUUCAAAGAAUAAAUGGACCUUCAAGAGCCUUAAAACUUUUCUUUGAAUAAUUUAUUCUCACGUGAACUGUACGCCGGUACACCGGUAUGGAUCCUGACGCCGCGCUGCCAGCUAUUUGCUCAGAAUCUAUUUUUGUACGUCUCUGGCAAAACGCAAAGAAAGCGAAGAAAAUGUAAAGAGAGAAAAGCAGAGAGUUUGUGAUAUUCUGUCCAUAUGUGCAUCAGACUGUUAUAUUUUGGGGGUCAUACUUCGUGUGGGUCCAUAAAUUAUAUUUUUAUACACAGAAUUGUAAAUUAGAUUUUGACAGAUCGUUACUUACUGAAUCACGUUUCGUUAUUUGAAAUAGUGUAAGAUACAAAAAUAUAUUUUAAUUUAAAUAGUUGCGAAAAGUCUUGGCCAAUCGUGUGCUGUAUUGUCUUUCAUUUUUUUUUUACUAUUAUUGUCUUCAUUGGUUAUGGCCAGGUUAUAAAAGCGGGACAGUUUCCGUCAUCUGCCACGUGUCGACUGUAAUCAUCUCAUUUUCCUUUUUUUCCUUUGUUUUCCCCAACAUUUCAAGUGCACAUUCUCACAAUUUCGUUAUAUGAUAUAGUAGUACAGAGCAAGAUGUUUGUUUUAAUAAAUUAACUACUACUGUAAAUGUACUAAAAUGUAUUUUUUUCAUAUUUUGUAAUAGGGAAAUAGUUUUAUAGAAUUAAACAGCGCCAGAUGCAGAGUUUGAAUAGUAUAUAAUACAUACGGUGACCGUACCAUUAACUUUCAUAACCGGGCGAUGUCAUAAACAAAUGUUUAGAGUUUAUUAUUUAUAUGUUUACUACAAAAUGAGAUAAAGGAAUAUUCAAACUUU